GAUGCUUUACUUUUAAAUGUGAUUAUUUUUCCAAAUGUAAAAUGUCUGUCUGUCCUCCUUAAAAUUGAAAUUACAAGGCAAAAUAGCAAAAAUGUGUUUACGAGAAAUACAAAUAUAAAUGUAAAAUUCAUAUUUUUCUCUGUAGCACUCAAGCACUAAAUUAACCCAAACGUUGGAUUUCCUUGAAUUCAAAGAAUCCUGCCUCAGUUUAGGUCCACAUCUUAGUCUUUGUUGGCAGCUCCUGUAAUCCCCUUAGUCUCACCUCCUGCAGCUCUCCGGUUAUGUAAACACUGGAGAGAGACGGUAUAAGGGCUGAGCAGACCUUCCCGGCUCAGACAGCUGAGCAGAAGAGAGUUGAGACGCACGCCCGGACAGACCCCCGGUCAGUGGGUUCCCCGUCCUGGGAAUCCAGGGAGAGGAGCCGCAACACAAAAAAAGCCAAGCGUCAUCUGGCCUUUAAUUCAUCUGAUCCCUCAAGAAGACCAUCCUGGAAAGCUCCAAAAUGUUUUUCCGACUCCCACGACUGACUCCUGGAUAUAUCAGGCUCCUGCAGACGCAGGCCUACCACAACACGCCCGUGACGGCUCCACCUGAGAAGACCAUGCCCGGUGUGGCCAUGCUGCUGGGGGCUGUCGGGAUCGGGAUGUGCGGCUACAGCUCCAGACAGCUGUCCCUGCACCACCGGCCCUCCACCCGAGUCCUCCACUGGAUCGGCACCCACACUGAUGCGGGCAGCAUGGGUGUGGGGGCUCACCGGGCCCCUGCUCUGGAUGUCGCUCGCAGGGCUCCUGCGUGCGCCGACAUCCCUCCACCCUACUUCGUAGGCCAGAAAGUUCCUUCAAACUAAGCCGACGGGGGUACAAUAGCCAGCACCACAGAUCGAGUCCGAGUUUCUGCUCUUCUAUUUGUCUAAGAUUGUAGCUAUGCAGGCCCAUUGCUACAAUGUGGCCCAUGUGCUCUCUGAUGACAAGUGGGUGUGGACGCUUGGUUUAAUCUGUGCGUGUGCAGAAAAUGGUAUGACCUAGAAAAAUCAAGUUCAGUGAUUAGCGCAAUACAAGAACUGUGAAGCUACGUUCAUACCGGCCUCUGCAAUCCGUGUUUGAGUCUACGUUUACAUCAGGGUUCCACAUUUAAAACUCUUGUGUUCACAUGCAGCUAAUCCGAUUUCUACAACCGUUUUUGGGCUCUCCGUACAAUCAUAGAAUGCGCAUUGAAUCUAAACCAGAUGAACUCUAACCAAUCAAGGACUCUGAUUUGGUAGAAAUCUGUAAUUGCGGUUUGUGCCUGGACUGAAUUAUAUGACUCCAAAUUCAUUUAUCGGAAUAGAGCUGUGAAAGAAAAAUCCUGGUGCACCACUUCUUCCAACUGGAGGUUGGACGUGCUAGUAAACAGUAGAAAACGGAAAAAGAAGAAGCCCUUUCUCAAUUGUCUAGAGUGAACGCCAUAUGCUAGCAUGUUAAUAAAUGCGCGUCACGUGCCCGGUGUGAACAUAGCUUAACAGGUGAUUCAACACUUUCCUUAGCAGGCUGUCUGACGCAUUGAUAGGGCACCGAACAACAAGAGUGACUCUAGGAUCGUGUGACUGAUGCUGGAACUUCCCUAAAACUGUUGCUGAUUGUCACUUCAUUGAGCGGAACACCUAAUUUGAAGACAUUGUGGGUCUUCUCAAGCCCUGGCGAGGAAAUAGACGGAGGCUUGGCAGCGUGGCUCGCAGAUGGUGUGUGCCCCCCCCGCCCAAUUGGUUCUUAGGCAGAAAGCCAUGUGUAAUUGCUGGAGCGGUCCGUCCCUGCCCAUGACUUCAUCUGAUUCCCUCUGAGGAGCAGCAGGUGCCACUUGUCAACAAGCGUUCGCCUGGCACUGUCAGACUGCCAAUCCCACAACACCUGAAGAAAGACGAUUGUUGAAGAACGGGAGAGCUGAAGUACAGCAUGUAAACAAUGCUUACACAACAGCAACUCUGUGCUGGAUAACACACCUUAAUUUGUGUGUCUGGGACACUGCGGAAGGGAUUCCAGGCUAGGUAGGAUGGGGAUUCCGCUCAUGUCCUCGCUGCGGAUUAACCCUGGUGAAAAAUCAAUCCCGGCACACACCCCUAUUAACCUAAUCCGACGUUAAGACUUCCAAGGACGCGUGAGAAGCAGACGGUUCCUGUGCAUCCAAAUGUUGCGGCGUCCUCCCUGCAGUUUCCACCAGUUAUCUCACAGUCAUGCGUCAUAUGUUGACGCUGGUAUUUUUCAGAUUGCAAAGCGACAGAAAACUCUAACAGGGGACUUGAGAUGUGGCGAGAAACUGAGAGUGGUUGAGAACGUGCGUUGUGCCUUAUGGGUUGAACAGGAUUACACCGUCUGCAUUCGGUCUAACCGGCUGAUUUGUGAGUUUAUCCUAUAAAUCGGCGACAAACGUCAUUAAAGGAGGAUUUUAUUUCUCCUAAAGCAAAAAGAAAAUUGACUAAAAAGAGUGAAGGAGAGUUGUGUGCUUCUCGAUUUAGAGGUCAGCUGGACCUUGAAAUCUCUUUUUUUUCUUUGGAUUAAGAGCCAGCUUUGUCUUUCUGCCAACUUAGACAAGGUGUAAGCAAGUUGGAGUUUUGUUGGCUCUGCAGGUCGGCAACAAAAUGAUCUUAGUCCACUCAGCCAAAGAGCUAAUAGCUCCAGCUGGCAUCAAAUACCACCUUACCAACCAACACCUCUAAUCCAACCAAAAA